AUACACAUUCAUUCAUUCAUACUACUCGAGACUGACACCGGCAAUCUCAUUGGUGCUGCUGCUGUCUUCUCUCCUCCUUGCACAGGCACUGAGGCACAGCGCUCCAACUUGCUCUUUCUCCUCCUCGUCGCUCUCGCUCCUAUUCUGAACACACCACCAAGGCCGUCUUCCUGACGGUGAGGUCGCCCACAGCCACAAUGUCGUGGCUCCUGGUCGUCGCCGUGCUCGCCGGAUUCGCGGUCGAUCCGUCGGCGGCGACGGACCACAUCGUGGGCGCCAACCACGGGUGGAACCCCAACAUCAACUACUCCCUCUGGUCCGGCAACCAGACCUUCUACGUCGGCGGCCUCAUCUCGUUCCGGUACCAGAAGGGGACGCACAACGUGUUCGAGGUGAACGAGACGGGGUACGACAACUGCACCAUGGACGGGGUCGCCGGCAACUGGACCUCCGGCAAGGACUUCAUCCCCCUCCCCGAGGCCCGCCGCUACUACUUCAUCUGCGGCAACGGCUUCUGCAUGCAAGGCAUGAAGGUCGCCAUCACCGUCCACCCGCUCCGGCACAACGCCUCCUCUAAUGGCUCCGGCGCGCAGGGAGAGGCCUCCGCGGCAGCGCUCAGGACGAGGAGCGCCGCGUGGCUGGCGGCAACCGCUGUCGCCGUGGCUGCCUUUGGUGCAUUCUGCUAGGACUUUGAUUCCCAGAUUUCUCUGAACAUUUUUUAUUUGUUCUAUUUUUUAUUUGUUCUAUUUGUGUGCUAUGCUCCCGUUUCAUGGGUCUUCAUCAACUUCUCUGCAAGCGAAACUGCCUGUGUCUCGAGUAACGUUGAGCUGAACGAGAACUGCUACAGAUUCAGCAAAA